AUGCAUAGAAAGACACACAAAAGCAACAAGAAAAUCGUUAAGGCCUUGAAAAAUGCAGGAUACAAAGAGCCAUUCCGUUUGAUAGUUGAGGAGCAGUUCAUUGCAGAAAUUAACAGGUCAAUGCUCAGGCUAAAGCACAUCACAGACAUAUUUAAGAGCCAACCAAGACUUGGCGUUACAAAAUGCGCAUACAAAGCAUAUCAAAAGUUAAGAAAGACAGAUAGGAACGACUUCUGUAGGUAUAUUGAAGUGAUGAACUGUGGACAUGAACAAACAGAGUCCUCAUUUGAUUGCAUACAAGAAUUAAUACAGAAUGCAAACAAGAAGAAGUGGUACAUCUUGGCAAGCAAUUCAUAUCAGAUAACAGAAGGAAUUGCAAAGAAGAAAAGAUUACCCAUUAUUACAUGUACGAAGGGAGGUCUUGAAAUAAAGGCUGACUUUGAGAUUGUUCCUGUUGAUACUGGAAUUAACUCUGGUGUCAGUGCUGAUGAAAUCGCACGUCUUGACAUGGCUCUGUACAAUGACAUAAACCAGUACUCCAUUAAUCCAUAA